GAUGAACGUUACUUCUUUAACCACAAGAGGCCACUGUCCAAGUUGUCAGCCAUUUUGGCUCCACUGCUUUGAACCAACGUAGCUAGUAGCGGUGCAUCACGGGAUACAGGAUGGCUCCUGAGCAAUUAAGCUAAUGCUAACAUACAGGGCAUAGCGGUGUGUAAAAUAUACAAAUCGAGCUCAUUUUCUGCGGUUUUAGGAUCAGUGUAUUAAUGUGAUAUAUCAACCGUCCCUUGUUAUCAUCAUGUCAACGAAGGCUGAGUCCAGAGUGUCUAGCUCCAGCUCUAGGAAUGAUGAAAGAAGAAGAUCAAGAAGCAGAGGAAGAGAAAAAAGGAAACGGAAACGGAGCCGUAGCAGAUCUUCGUCAUCCUCUUCCAGUUCAUCAUCUUCAUCGCCAUCAUCUUCAUCUUCUUCAUCGUCAUCGUGUUCAUCACACUCGUCCAGCCGCAGAGGAAGAGGAAGUAGCUCAAGCAGUAGUGACUCUCGCAGUAAAUCCAGAAAGCAGUCAAAGAAAAGAAAAAAGGAGAAACAACACAGAAAAAAAGGGAAGAAAGAGAAGCGACACAAACGUAAAAAAGACAAAAAAGCAAAAGGAGAAGAAAACUCGGGACCUGUUCAAAUCUCCAAGUACUUGAAGGACAGAAAAAAAGGCAAGUAUAGCAUGAUUUCAGGGAAGAAAAUAAAGAUGAAAGUGAAGAAGUCCAAGAAAGACAAGCAGCGAGAUAAAAAUCGUGCAGAACUUCUUGAAUUCUUGAACUCUACCCUGUGAUUCCACUGUGUUGUGGUGCUCAGGCUCAAACAUGUCACCAGAACUCAGGAAGCAACGUGUAUGUCCAUGAGGAAGAAAAAUAAAGGAUUCUCAGGACAGGAGAUGAGGAAUGACUUCCAGCUAGGAGCCAGAUGGAGUGGAGAAGCAGUGAAUCAUGCUCUGCUGUGGGAUGCAGUUGUGCUAUUUCAUUUUGGUGGCAAAUUCCUCAGCCUAGCCUUUAAAAUAUAAAAUAUGGUCUUUGUUGAAAGUGUCAUCUGAAAACUUGUCAGUGAAAUCUGAUUUGACAACAUCAGUCAGAGAAUGACAAUAGAUGUUGGUCUAAUGAUAACAAACUGUGAUCUACUUUGCAAAAGCUGCCUCUAACAACCCAUUUACACCUGGUUUUGAAAUGAGAUCUCUACUUGGAUCCGAGUUUACACCGCAGACUAUAAAAAGUAUUGGAUAUGCCUCAGUGACAUCAAAUAUUUGGUUACUGAAAGGGGCUUUUGAAGGUAAUCGACUGAGGAUGCCAUAUUGAAACCACCACUCUUUUCAGACAGCCUAGUCACAGACAAAGGGGUAACUGAGGUGGGUCUGAAGGCUCAUGACAAACGGUUACAUAGUGCUGGCUUGCAGUCAUAUUAGCCAUGCGCCUGAUUUUGCACACCUCAUAUCCUUAAAAAUGAAAUGGACAGGUCAUACAAAUGUGGAAAGAUGAGAACAAUUCAAGCCAAAAUCCCCUUUUUUGAACCAGGUUGUAAGCAUGUUUAUUUCUGUGGUGAAAACAAGCCUUGUAACGUGGUAUGCAUGUGACUGACCAUGCUUCUGCCUCAAGUAGAGACUAAACAAACUGUGUUUUUUGCACUUCUGCAAUGGCUUCUUUUUUCAACCAUGGAGGAAGCUGGUGGGUUAACACCUUUAAUUUUAAUUGGUUUUUGUAAUCUCAGUUGGAUCUGAUUACUGUCCUUCAGAGAAUAUGUCAGAAAAGCAUGAUGAUCGAUGCUGUGGGGUUGUCAGAAUCCUAAACUUUGAUACAAUUUUAGUAAAUAUCAAAACAUAGAACUCCCAUGCACCCUAAAUUGGGUAUUUCAAGUCUGCUCUUGCAAGAUGCCUAAAUUGCACAAAUGCAUUAAAAAGAAAUCUUAGAAUUUAAUCGGUUUCCUUCUCUCUUCUCUGCAGCUUUGUGUUUGUAAUCAUAUUAACGUAACUGUAACAUCUGUAUCAGAUGCCACAAUGACUAGAGAGGGUCUAGAUUUGCUGACUUGUGAAUUUGAAUUAAACCACUGCUUCGCUAUCUUUUGGUUGCAGAAGGUUUGGGUCAAAAUAUGAUCAAGAUAAUUAGUUUUUUUUAUUAUUAUUACCAGGAUUGUACCUUUUUAAAACGCAUGGUGUUGAAGUCUCAAAAAUGUUGACAAUGUUCUUAUGCGUAUACUCCAGCAUGUCCUGUGUAUUUACAUCUCCAGAUGUGGUCAGAAUGCUUGCGUACACAGCUAAGUUUUAGUUGCAGCUUUAAAGGCAAUGCAGUGAAUUAAUUUAUUGAUGGAAAUAAUUUAUUGAUGGAAAUAUGUCUGACUUUGCUACUGUGGCGCAUAUACCCAGCGAGUUGUGCAAGUUACUAUUAGACCUUCUCAUUGCCCUUGCUAACAAGUUACCCUAUAGUAAACUGGCUGUGGACAACAUUUACAACCCUGUUAAGCCAUGUUUAUACCCUGCGCUUUAUGUUACAAAUACAAUGCCAUCACUCUAGUUUAAGGUGACAUCUGCUUGGGCUACAAGGUGAAUUCUGCAUUACGUAACAUUUACACUCAUUGUCCUCCAGGUCAAAGCUCAGCACAGAAACUGAUGAGCAUGUAUCAAAGGCCUAGGCCAGUUUGGGUCUGAUUCAAGUGUAAAAUUGACCACAAGCUAUAUUAUCUUGGUGUGUCAGUCUGAUCUCUAGUAAUUUGACUUUUAGUCAGGCUAACAUGUUUACAGGUCGUUUGAAAGUCCAGUUUUAGUGAGAUUGAUGCAAUAAUUCAAUACUGCAUGCAGGGAUUGAGUCAGACUACCCUAGAUGUGGUCAUGCAGAUCGUCUUAACAUUUAUCGUUUACACCUUGCAUUAACAUUUCUCUUCAUCCACAUAUGUGAGUAGAUCUCAUAUAAUCCUAGGUGAAAAUGGGUUCUUAGAUUCCAGUGGGUUAUACUCAGCAGCUAAAGUAACCCCUAUUCUCAGUCAAAGAUGACAAACAAGAUGCAGAAAUCUGCUAAGCUCAUGUUUUUCUAACUCUAUGUUGGCUCUUCUUUUUAAAUAGUUUUCUGUCCCAGCUGACACUCACAUGAGAGGAGGCUUCUUAUCAGUUUGUGUAAAGGCUCCAAAUCCUGCCCUGUGUUUACCUGCUGACUGUGUCGAAACUCUUGUCAACCUCGCUCUAUUUUGGUAACCCUUGAGAGGACAUGCAUCCAAACAUUUUGUUUUACAUUUUUAAUUUUUUCCUAUGCCAGUUUGGGUUUGAUACAGGCAGAAAAUUGACAACAAGAAAAUUAAACUUGUUCUCAGGCAAACCCAUCAUCAUAAGAAAAUUACACAAAUAAGUCAAGAUCUGAAGAAAAGAACCAGAAAUGACUUGGAGUAAGAUAAAAUCUGGAUGCACGUUUGCAUAGGGCUUCUAUAUGGUUCCGUACACUUCAUACCUUUAUUUUUUGUAGAUAACGAUAUGUCUCCACUGUACAUGAUGGACUGUGGGAACUACAGUGUUUUCAGUGUGUACUGACACAUUUUUAUUUGUACUUUUUUUGUAGUAAAUGAUAUGAGAAUAACUCAUGUUGGAAUUGUGUCCUGUGAAAAAGAUGUUUCUCCUUAAAUUCUGUCAAGAGACAGUUACAACCUAGUUUUUUAUGAUUUUAAAGAUCAACAUUAGUACCCCUGUUAAAAUCCAGUUGAAAGCUUUCCACAUAUAAUGGAGUAAACCUGUUGUGUACUGUUGAAAUUUGUGACAAAAAAUAAUCGGGAAUAAAUUGCUGCAAAUUUUUUAUUUUA